AUGUGUCUUACUAAGUGUUACAACAUCUUCAACUGCUAUCUUCCAUUGGACGUUACCGAGGCUAGAAUCCUGCUCAGUGAUGGGCAGGUUCAAAGCUCUCAUGAAAACAGCGGUCUGGCUUACAUGCCUUGGACCACAGCUGAAUUCAGAGAAUUCCUCAAUCACCUCGUCCACGCCAGAACCAACUGGCGCCUGAAGCUCGAAGCUCAGAUUAUCUAUACCGAGAAAAUCAUGCUUCUUGCUGAAAAGUAUGGUGCCCAAGAGGCACAUAAUGCCGCAAAAUGGCGGCUCCGUAACGCUAACAAGCUUCUUAAGCGUACUGCUCUCAAGCAGACCAGUCUUCCACCUUCAGAGGAGUCCAGGAAGGCCAUGAAGGAACAUCUCAAUGCUCAUUUUGCUAAGGCUGUUGCCGAAGCAAAGAAGGCUACUCUUGCUCGGGCCAACAGACGGAAGAGCAAGACCCAGACCGUUCCUAAGAAGGCUUCUACAGUCUUCUGGCCUACUGACUUCUACAAGUAUAAGGAGAGCGUCAGUGAGAAGGUCAACCAUAGUUACUUACCUUGUGACUUCUACAAGUAUAAGGAAAGUAUCAACGAAAAGGUUGUUCCUUCCUAUUUGCCUUGCGACUUCUACAAGUACAAGGAGAGCAUUAACGAGAAGGCUAUUCCUUCUUACUUACCUUGCGACUUCUUUAAGUACAAGGAGCUCUUUAACCAGCACGAGAAGGAUUCCUUCUUGCCUGCUGACUUCCCCUUGUUCAGGGAAACCGUGAACAAGAAGACCUACCCUCAGUACUUACCUUGUGACUUUUAUAAGUUCAAGGAGUACCUUAAGGAAACUGAAGGUGCUUCCUUCUUACCUUGUGACUUUUAUAAGUUCAAGCAGUACUUUAAGGAGACUGAAGUUACCUCGUACUUACCUUCAGACUUCUACAAGUUUAAGCAGUACUUCAAGGCAUCUCAGGAUACCUCUUACUUACCUUGUGACUUCUACAAGUUCAAGGAGUACUUCAAGGAGCCCCUGGAUAACUCGUACUUACCAGGCGACUUCUCCUUCUUUAGACAUCUUCUUGUCGAAAAGUACCACAGGCAAUACUUGCCUACCUGCUUCCCUCACUUCAAGGCAGCACAGUCUCUUCAGAAGACCUAUCUCCCCGGUGAUUUCCCCCACUUCUUCACCAUCUGGACUCGUACGAUCUAUCCAGUUAGAAGAAAGAUCCUGGGUAGAAAGGGUUUCAAGAAGACUUCCAAGCCGGUUUCUAGAAGGAGCUCCAUCAUACAGAGACCCAUCACACCCUCUACAGCCACUGGGUUGACGUUGCGCCGGCCGCUCAGCCCUGAACCUCUUCAUAAGGAGCCAAAUCGAAAGAUUCCCAAGAAGGUGUCCAUUGCAAGCUUGAACCCCCACGUGAAGCAUUCGGUUCGGAUCUUGCCGUACCAUGCCAUGAAUCAACAGGCUGCACCUUCUUGGGACCAAGUGGCAUCGCCAACUCCUUCCCAACAACAGUUUGGAUCACAGCCGCUGUUUACUCCUCAAACGGGCACGCCCCAGCAGGCAAUGCCCAGCCAAUUCGCUCCACAAACGCCGACUUACCAGGGCCAUCAGAAUGCUCAAGCAGCACAGGCUGUUCAAGGUUUCCCCGGUUUCCAGAAUCAAAGAGCUCCUCAGAUGCCUAAUGAGCCUGCUCACGAUACGACUUUUGACUUGCUGGGAGCUCCUCAUGCUCCUCCAGCCGACUCAAGCCUUUCGCUUGGCAGAACACGCCAUGAGAUGGAAACAGAGUAUACCUCAUUGCUUUACGACAACGACGGCAACUGCGUUGGCACGAAACCAUUUCUUUCGUUUGAAAAUGUUGUUCCUCCGUUUGCUGGAACACAGUACUUUGCCGUGGAUCAGGGCACGGCUGUUCCCAAACACAUGAGAUCGACCUUCUAUAAUGUUCCCGAGCUGGAGCUGUUACGUAAAGCUACCAGACUACCUAUGGCCGUGACGAUCCGUCCAUUUGCUCCAUUACUAUCCACAGAAACGCCUGUUCCAACAGUUGACAUGUCUAAAUUGGGUGAAGCCCUGUUUAUGGAUCCACUGGACUUUGGGCCUCCCAGAUGCCGAAGGUGUAGAGCAUACAUCAACCCGGCAAUGAUUCAUAGCAUGCUGGGAAGAUUCACAUGUAACGUGUGUCAGUUUCCUAGCAGCACGGUGCCACAGGAGUACAUUGCUCCAAUAGACCAGCAAGGCGCCAGAAUCGAUAGGGCUCAGAGACCCGAACUUCAUAAAGGCGUCUACGAUAUUAUUGUUCCUGAUUACUACAACGUGGGCGGUGCUGAUAGAAAGCCAAAGCCCAUGCAUCACGUCUUCUUGGUGGAUGUGAGUCAACAGAGCAUUGCCAAACAGUUGAACGUCGUGGUUGCAGAUGCCAUUCGUGCCACGCUCUUUGACUACGAGAGAGAAAACGAAGGCGAAAGGAGACCACAGAAGUUUGCGAUUAUAAUGUUUGAUAAGGCUGUUCAUUUCUUCAACUUGUCAGCUGAAUUAGACUCUACGCAGAUCUGUAUUUCUCCAGACUUGGAUGAUCCUUUCGUGCCUUUCUACGAUGGUCUUUUCGCCGACCCCGAAGAAAGUGGUAUGGUUAUUGAAGAUGCGCUCAACAAUUUGCAAAUGUUGGCUGAUACAAAAUCUCUUCAUGACACAGAGCCUUGCUUCUCGGUCGCUUGCAGAGCUGCAGCUAUGAGUCUUGAUGCUGUGGGCGGUGGUAAGAUCACUGCUAUCUUGUCUACUCUUCCAUCCUGGGGCCCAGGCGGAUCUAGAUUGAAGCACAACAAAACUGUCGGUAGAAACCCAUCUGCAGAGAUUGAAAAGAAGUUAUAUUCUGUCGAUAACGAGUACUACAAACUCUUGGCGAAGGAUAUGAUUGCUCAGAAUGUUGGAUUGGAUGUGAUUGCCGUUUCAUCGACGCCUGUUGAUGUCUCAAACAUUGGAUGGUUAGCUUCAGCUACCGGCGGCAGGAUCCAUAAGUGGGCCGACUUCGUCCUCGACAGAGAUGGCCGUGCACUUUCAGCGCAAAUCGUCAGCUCAAUCAAGUCUUCUAUGGGAUACCAGGGCCAAUUGAAGCUCCGUUGUUCUAAUGGUCUUCAAGUGGCACAAUACUAUGGUUUCCCAACUUCUGAGGGUGGUAUCGUUGGACUCACCAACACAUCCCUGGACCCAGUUGUUCCAAUUCUUAGCGAAGAUCAGACCUUCACGAUCUUGCUUGAAUAUGAUGGUAACUUGAAGACUAGCUUCGAUUGUCACUUGCAAGCUGCCUUGCUCUACACCGACACUUAUGGUGUUAGAAAAGUUCGUGUCAUGAAUCUUGUCUGUGCUGUUUGCGAGCGCCUUGAAGAUGUGUUUAACUUUAUUGACCAGGAUGCUGUCAUCGCUGCACUCGUCAGGGAUACGCUUUCUUUCGUUGGAAAGGAGCUGAUUGCAGAGUUGAGAAAGUCGAUCAAUGGAAAGCUUGUUGAAGUCUAUGCACAAUACAGAAUGAUGGAAGAAAGGAGUCACAAUCAAUCAAGGUCCCUCACCAACCAGUUAAUUUUCCCAGAUUCCUUGAGACACAUACCGUUAUUUAUUUUGGCUCUCACCAAGUCCAAGGCUCUUCGUGACUCAACUGCUGUGCCAAUUGACGACCGCCUCGCAGAUGUCUACAAUAUGUUGAAUAUGCCUCUAGAGCGUCUCGUCUACCACUUAUAUCCCGCUUUAGUUGAAGUACACUCGCUUGCUGAUGAUGAAGGCAUGCCAACGGAAGAUGAGGAAGACUCUUUCAUUAAGUUGCCGGAAUUUUUACCAUUGGCCAGUCUGUCUUUGCAGCCUAGUAUUUACAUUCUUUGCGAUGGUACCACAGUUUACGUAAGGGUGCAUCCAGAUACCAACAGGCAGCUUUUAGCAGAUAUGUUCGGUGAACACGUCAGAAACGUCGAAGAUAUCGAACCUCACAUGGAUUCCUUACCAGAACUUCCUACUCAUAUUUCCCAACAGUCACGCAAUCUUGUCAGGUUUUUCCAGAAGAACGUGAUCGGAGCACCUACCAUCGGUCAGUCGGCCAUCCAACUCGUCAUCGAGGGUUUCGAUAAUCUCACUAGAGAUUUCCACGAAGCUUUCAUCGAGGACCUGCUUUCAUCGAAGAUUGCUAGCACCUCGCCAAAUUAUGCAACUUUCUUAACUUCAUUGCACAAAGCGGUAACAGUAAAGGUUGAUGAAGAAGGUAAGAAGUUCAAAGUACCAGCCAAUCCUGUCCAUGACGCCAGCACCCUCACACAAAGAUUGCUCCAUUUCUAA